AUGCUUGAUCUUAGUAAAAACCAGCUUUCAGGCAGCAUUCCCUCUUCCAUCUUCAACGUUUCUUCACUGCAAAAGAUCGAUCUCAGUGAUAAUCAGCUGUCUGAAUGGAUUAUCAGGAGAAGUCCCGGCGGCUAUUUCGAUCACCUUCCGAGUUUGGAAUUGUUUCUCUUGUCAAUAAACAAGUUUGAUGGCGAAAUACCGGCCACUUUGUCUAAGUGCAAAAAACUCCAAUAUUUGUCGUUGUCGUACAAUUAUUUUACCGGAGCCAUACCGAAAGAAAUUGGGAACAUGACUGACCUUAAAUGGAUACUUCUUGGCUACAACAAACUCGGAGGUGAGAUACCUGAUGAAAUCGGUAAUCUACGUACACUUGAAGUUUUGGGGCUUCCAAGUAACAACCAUAGUGGCCUUUUUCCGGCUUCAAUCUUCAAUAUGUCAACAGUGAAAGAACUUGCCCUUGAUGGGAAUAAACUCUCAGGAAAUCUUCCAUCAACCAUAGGCUCUGGAAUUCCAGAACUUGAGAGAUUUUAUUUGGCGGGCAAUGAUUUUACCGGCACAAUUCCUGCAUCCAUCUCUAAUAUGUCUAGGCUGUCUAUGAUAGACCUGGGUAGAAAUUUUUUCUCAGGCUCUAUUCCUGACAAAAUUGGUGACUUAAGGAGUCUUCUAAGCCUAUACUUACCUGAUAAUGCCUUGACAUCUUCUGAUCCAGGUUUGAGUUUCAUUUCUUCUUUGACAAAUUGUCAGAAUUUAAGAAAACUAAUAUUAUCCAUCAAUCCACUCAAUGGUAUCCUUCCCAGGUCCAUAGGAAAUCUUUCUGUUUCCUUGGAGUAUUUAGAGAUGGGCAACUGCAAUAUUAGAGGCAACAUUCCUGAAGAAAUUGGCAACUUAAAGAACUUAAUAGCUUUAUAUUUAGACCACAAUGAAUUCAAUGGAAUAACGCCAACUACAUUUGGUCGAUUGCAAAAACUCCAAGGUUUGAGAAUUCAAAAUAACAAUCUAGAAGGAACCAUCCCCGAUGACCUUUGUCAAUUGGUUAGACUGGCUGAUUUGUUCUUAGGCAAUAAUAAGUUUUCCGGAUCUAUACCUGCAUGUUUAGGUAAUCUCACUUCGAUAAGACGUCUCUCUUUAGCAUCCAAUAUGUUAACUUCCAUUAUACCCUCCACGUUGUGGAAUCUUAAAGACAUCUUGUUCAUUAACUUGUCAUCAAAUUCUCUGAAUGGUUCUCUUCCAUUAGAUAUUGGAAGUUUGAAAGUUGCGGCAACAAUAGAUUUAUCCAGGAAUCAUUUAUCAGGUGGCAUACCAACCACUAUUGGAGGUCUGAAAGAUCUGCAAUCACUCUCCUUAAGAUAUAAUACAUUAGAAGGCCCGAUUCCUGAAUCAUUUGGCAGCUUAACCAACUUGAAGUUCUUGGAUUUGUCCAACAAUAAUCUCAUUGGGGUUAUUCCCGUGUCAUUAGAGGCACUCAUCUAUCUCAAAUAUCUGAAUUUCUCCUUCAACAAACUACGAGGACAGAUUCCUGAAGGAGGAGCAUUUGCAAACUUCUCAGCUGAAUCAUUCGUAGGGAAUUUGGCAUUGUGCGGUUCAACCCAAUUUCAAGUCCCACCGUGCAAAACUAGCACUCUUGGGAAAUCAAGGACAAGAAUAGUUCUUCUACGAAUUGUUUUGCCAUUGAGCAUUGUGCUAACAAUAAUCGUCUUGGCUCUCAUAAUUGGGCUGCUAAGGUAUCGAACAAGGAUCAGAAAGCUGCCCAAUGAUGCCGAUACUUCACUCCAACCACUAUGGAGAAGAUUUUCUUUCCAAGAACUUCUGCAAGCAACGGAUGGAUUUUGCGAAAGUAACCUACUUGGCAUUGGGAGUUUUGGUUCAGUUUACAAAGGAAGACUUUCCAAUGGUAUGGAGAUUGCAAUAAAGGUGUUUCACCAACAGCUUGAAGAAGCGUUUAAGAGUUUUGACAGUGAAUGUGAAGUAAUGAGAAGCAUUCGUCAUCGAAACCUCGUCAAAAUCAUCAGCACUUGUUCAAACAAAGAUUUUAAAGCACUGGUGCUAGAGUACAUGCCUAACGGAAGCCUGGAGAAAUGCUUGUAUUCUAACAACUAUUUCUUGGAUUUUUCUCAAAGGUUGAACAUCAUGAUAGACGUUGCUUCAGCAUUGGAAUAUCUCCAUUUUGAUUAUUCAACUCCCAUACUUCAUUGUGACUUAAAACCCAGCAAUAUAUUGUUAGACGAAAAUAUGGUUGCACAUCUCAGUGAUUUUGGCAUUGCGAAACUCUUAGAUGAAGAAAAGUCUGUGAUGCAAAUUACUCAAACCCUUGGCACAAUUGGCUACAUGGCACCAGAGUACGGAAGAGAAGGAAAAGUGUCAAGAAAAUGUGAUGUUUACAGCUAUGGUAUUUUACUAAUGGAAACAUUCACAAGAAAGAGGCCAACUGACGAAAUAUUCGAUGGAGAAACGUGCUUGAGGAGUUGGAUUGGUGAGUCAUUAUUAGAUAACUCCAUUAUUGAAGUUGUGGACAGAGAUUUGGUAAGCAGAGAGGAGAUGGACUUCUCUUCAAGGGAAGAAUGUUUGUUAUGUAUCUUAAAUUUGGCCAUGGAUUGCACAGCAGAUUUACCUGAGAAAAGGAUCGACAUGAAAAAUGUAGUUAGUAGACUGGUGAAAAUUAGAGUAACUUUGAGCUAA